UCGUGUGUAAGAAAUAUAGCAGCAAGUCAAAAAGCCCAGAGCAGAGAGAACAAAUGGAGACUGAAAGCAUUAUUCAAGCCAAUUCUUCAAAGUUCGGCGCCGGCGUCGACUUCUCGGCACUGCCGGAAGAUUGCAUAGCCGGUAUUCUGGCACGGACAAGUAUUCGCGACGCCUGCAGGAUGUCGACGGUUUCGCCUGAGUUCCUGUCGGCAGCUGAGUCCGACGCUUUGUGGGAAACGUUUCUACCAGCCGAUUAUCGGGAGAUCAUCGGCAGAUCGUCGGAGUCUUCCGCUCGGCAGGAUUUCUCCUCUAAGAAGGAGCUCUUCUUCCGACUCUGCAAUUCUCCUCUCUUGAUCGACGGGGGUAAAAAGAGUUUUUGGUUGGACAAAGAAAGUGGAAAGAAAUGUUACAUGAUAGCAGCAAGGGAACUAACAAUUAUAUGGAGUGAGACUCCUAGGUAUUGGACAUGGAUCUCUCCACCACAGUCUCGAUUCACAGAGGUGGCCAAUCUAAAAAUUGUGUGGUGGUUUGUCAUCAAGGGAAAGAUGAAUACUUGCAUGUUAUCACCAUGCACAAACUAUGCCGCCUAUCUAAUCUUUCAAAGGAAUGACAUAUUUGAUGGAUUUGAAGACAAUCCCAUAGAGUCGUCAAUUGGAGUUACUGGUGGCGAAACUGCUAAAAAAGUAAUUUACUUGGAUCCAGAACAUGAUAUUAGCCCCAACCCGACUCGAAUAGAUGGGUGGUAUGAAGUUGAAUUAGGCGAAUUCUUCAACGAAGGAAGAGAGAGUGUGGAACUCGAGAUGAGUAUCAUGGAGGUGAACACAUUUAUUGGGAAGUCUGGACUCUUGAUUGAAGGGAUUGAGAUCAGGCCUAAAUUUUGCUCUGAGAAGAGAAAACAAAUGGAGAGUGAAAGCACUGUUCAAGCUACUUCUUCAAACUUCACCGUCGGCAUCGAAUUCUCGGCACUGCCGGAAGGUUGCAUCGCCGGUAUUCUGGCAUGGACCAGUCCUCGCGACGUCUGCAGGAUGUCCGCGGUUUCGCUAGAGUUCCUGUCGGCGGCGGAAUCUGACGCUUUGUGGGAGACGUUUCUGCCGGCCGAUUAUCGGGAGAUCAUCGGCCUAUCGUCGGAGUCUUCGUCUCACCUCAGUAUCUCCUCCAAGAAGGAGGUCUUCUUCCGACUCUGCAAUUCUCCUCUCCUGAUCGACGGGGGUAAAAAGAGUCUCUGGUUGGAUAAGAAGAGUGGAAAGAAAUGUUACAUGCUAGCCGCAAGGGACCUAACAAUUACUUGGAGCGACACUCCUAUGUAUUGGACGUGGAUCUCCCUACCACACUCUCGGUUCAUUGAGGUGGCCAAUCUAAAUCAAGUUUGUUGGCUUGAAAUCAAAGGGAAAAUAAAUACCGGCAUGUUAUCCUCAAUGACAAAUUAUGUCGUCUUCCUUGUCUUCCAAAGGAAUGACAGAUUUUAUGGACUUAAAAACGUUCCUGUAGAAUCAUCGGUUGGAAUGAUUGGUGGGGUCACUACCAAAAGGGUAAUUUACUUGGAUGCCCCUCAGGUUGAGAGUUCUAAUCAUCCCGAUCAUGAUUUUGGGGAGAGAUUUCUGCAGUAUGAGAAUGUGAUAAGCUCGAUGACCGGCAACCCCGACCCGGCUUCACUAAAGAAGAGGAUAGAUGGGUGGUAUGAAGUUGAAUUAGGUGAAUUCUUCAGCGGAGAAGGAAAAGGUAAGGAACUUGAAAUUAGUGUCAUGGAGGUGAAAUCAGGUAAUUGGAAGUCCGGCCUCUUAAUUGAAGGAAUUGAAAUCCGACCUAAAUUUUGUUCAUAG